GAGUCACGUGACUUACCAUUCACAUCAUCAUCAUACACCCAUUGUUUCACCAGUGCACCCGGCAGUACCGGUUGUACCGACAGUACCGCCCGUGCCGACAGUGCCGGUUGUACCGACAGUACCGGUUGUACCGACAGUAGGGACAGUACUUGA